GGAACGGGCUGGGAAGUCAGGGGAUACCGGCGGGGGGUGACUACUCUCUCCCUAGCCUCGGCUGACACGGCGAUCGAGAGGUGAUUCACGGCAGAGAUCGAUGCAGCGAUGAUGAUGAUGCGUCGAGGAGGUCACGGUCACGGGAACCUGGCCGCUCGCUCGUCACCCGUCAGGGAAGUAUAUAACCUACAGUCAGAUCUCGAUCUUCACUUACCUCGACCUCAUCCGAGCAAGGGAAAUCCAAAACACAACCUCCAUCACAUUCCAUCAUCAACACUCACACUUCAUCAUGGGCAUCUCACUCUCCACCGCCAAGAUCGUGGCUCCCAUCUCGUGGGCGUACAUGUUUCUCAGUCAACAGUACGCCAUCGCCAUCAACGACCCCGGUAUGAAGGCCGUCAACGAUAGGAACCCCGGCGCCUUCAACCCGACUCCCUUUGCCAUCGGAGCCUGGUUCGGACCUCAACAGAUCCUCGAGGUCCUCUACCUCAAAGAACUCUACUACCCUUCGGGAGGCAAGUUGGAACCCAUCACGCUCGACAUUGCCCCAUACUUUACUCUAGGAAACUUGAUGAUCGGGACUUGGCCUUUCUUCUGGAACGCUGAAAAGCUCAAGCUCGCCGACAUGUUCGUCAUUGUCAACACGGCAAUCACCCUCUACUGGGUGUACGCCCGACGAGCUCCUAGGCCCAACACGUGGCAGCAAAAGUUGGCCAACGCCGUCGGAGUCUCGUUUGCCGGAAUCGGGGUCAUGGACUUCUUGCAAAACACCGCCAUGGGAUUCUACACCCGUCAACCCCCCUCGGAGUUGGUUAAGUGGGCCACCGUCAUCGGAUUCCCCCUCGCCUCGCUCCUCUCUCCCGUCUCGAUGGGUCUCAGCUUCAUCUUCUGCCAGACCGCCAUCACCAUCGGUCAGUAUCAGCUCGCCAACAGGUCGCUUGACGGAUUCGGAGGUGGCGGUGGGUUCGGAUGGGCCAAGAUGUUGGGAUUGGGAGCGAUCGCUACUGCGGCUGCCACCGGUCUGAAGUACAACAGGGACGGAGGAAGGAUCCUCUAGGCGAUUUGAGCUCGUCUCGAGAGUCCGUCACCGGCCUUACGGUACGCAAACACGCGGCAGUGAUUUAUGAAUGGGUUCGUUAUGUGUGUGUCAACAACUGUAUAAACGGUCAAACGAAGUUGGAUCAUGCAAUUGUCUAAAUCUAAUAAUACAAGGUUUUCGCAUCGCCGAACCCGUCUUUCAC